UUCAUUCUCAACAAGUCUUAUCACUCUACAAAACUUUCUCUCUCUCUCUCAAACCACAACACAAAGAUGAAGCAUCUGAUCCGCCGCCUCUCCCGCGUCGCCGACUCCGCUCACUACAACCUCCUCAGGUCAGAUUCACAACGGCCAAGCCGCCGUCCCGAAUCUUUCCUCCGCCGCGUAAAGAAGCAUGCAUCAUGUGUUCCCCAAGGACACGUACCGGUCUACGUGGGAGAAGAGAUGGAGAGGUUCGUUGUCAACGCGGAGCUACUUAACCACCCGGUUUUUAUCGGUUUGUUAAACCGGUCUGCUCAGGAGUAUGGUUACGAGCAAAAAGGAGUCCUGCAAAUCCCUUGUCACGUUCUUGUCUUCGAGCGCGUUAUGGAGUCUCUUCGUCUUGGAUUAACGGUACCAAGUGACCUUCAAGAACUAAUAGGGGACGAGACGGGUUUUUAGAGGAAUCUUUGUUAGGUAGAGAGUUAUGGAUCUGCUUGUUUUUUUUUUUUUGUUAAGAUGUAGUGUAAUACUUCGUCGGUGUUGAUAAUUGUACAUAGGCUAUAUGUUUUUUUUUUAAAAAAAAAAAUUGUUUGUUGCAAGUUUCCUAAUUUUUUUCCGGUUUAAGAAUCGGUUUGGAUAUGAAUGUAAGCGUAAUUUCUUGGUUUAUUCUUGUACCGAUUGAGCAAAGAAUUAAAAAAAGAUGGAAUUGAUGUUUCACCGAGAUUACUGGAAGGGUAAAUUCGUUAAUGUGAUAAAAG